AUGGCGGAAAAGCCCAUCAACUUCUCCGAGCAUGUCCAGCUCACCAACCUGGGCAUCUCGCCCGACAGCAUCUCCUUUGCCAAUGUCACCAUGGAAUCGGAGAACUUUGUCUGCGUGCGGGAAAGCAUCAAUGGAGCAAACUCGGUGGCCAUCGUCGACCUCAACGACGUCAACAACGUCAUGAGGCGGCCAAUCACCGCCGACUCGGCCAUCAUGAACCCGGUGCAGAAGAUCAUUGCGCUCAAGUCGGCGAGGCAGCUGCAGAUCUUCAACAUCGAGGCCAAGGCCAAGGUCAAGUCGCACCUGAUGAACGAGGACGUGACCUUUUGGAAGUGGAUCAGCAACACGACGCUCGGCCUCGUCACCGAGACGGCCGUCUACCACUGGAGCAUGGAGGGCGAGGCGGCGCCGUCCAAGGUGUUUGACCGCCACGUCAGCCUCCAGGGCAGCCAGAUCAUCAACUACCGCGCCAGCGCCGACGAAAAGUGGCUCGUGCUCGUCGGCAUCUCGGGCAACACGUCGGGCGCCCCCAACGCCUUCCGCGUCAAGGGCUCGAUGCAGCUCUACAGCCGCGACCGGGGCGUGUCGCAGCCCAUCGAGGGCCACGCCGCCGCAUUUGCCGAGCUGCGGUCCGACGCGGCGCCCAACCCGUUCAAGCUGUUCACGUUUGCCAACCGCACCGCCACAGGCGCCAAGCUGCACGUUGUCGAGAUCGACCACCAGCAGGGCCAGGCGGCCUUCACCAAGAAGGCCGUCGACGUCUUUUUCCCGCCCGAGGCGACCAACGACUUCCCCGUCGCGAUGCAGGUCAGCAAGCGCUACGGCAUCGUCUACCUCGUCACCAAGUACGGCUUCAUCCACCUCUACGACCUCGAGAGCGGCGCCUGCAUCUACAUGAACCGCAUCUCGGGCGACACGAUCUUUGUCACGGCCGAGCACGAGUCGAGCAGCGGCAUCAUCGGCAUCAACCGCAAAGGCCAGGUGCUCUCGGUCUCGGUCGACGAGAACACGGUGAUCCCCUACAUCCUCCGCACCCUCAACAACUCGGAGCUGGCGUUCAAGCUGGCGUCGCGCGGCGACCUGCCGGGCGCCGACGACCUCUACCUGCAGCAGUUCCACUCGCUCUUCAGCACGGGCCAGUAUGGCGAGGCGGCCAAGAUCGCGGCCAACUCGCCGCGCGGCAUCCUGCGCACCACGCAGACCAUCGAGCAGUUCAAGCAGGUGCCCAACCAGCCGGGCACCCUGUCGCCCAUCCUGCAAUACUUUGGCAUCCUGCUCGAGAAGGGCUCGCUCAACAAGUACGAGUCGCUCGAGCUAGCGCGGCCCGUGCUGGUCCAGGGCCGCAAGCACCUGCUGGAAAAGUGGCUCAAGGAGAGCAAGAUCGAGUGCAGCGAGGAGCUCGGCGACAUUGUCCGCCAGCACGACAUGAACCUCGCCCUCAGCGUCUACCUCCGCGCCAACGUGCCCAACAAGGUUGUCGCCUGCUUUGCCGAGACGGGCCAGUUUGAGAAGAUUGUCCUCUACGCCAAAAAGGUGGGCUACACGCCCGACUACGCGGCGCUGCUGCAGCACAUCGUCCGCACCAACCCGGAGAAGGGCGCCGAGUUCGCCAGCAGCCUCGUCGGCGACGACUCUGGCCCGCUGGUCGACGUCGAGCGCGUCACCGACAUCUUCAUGAGCCAGAACAUGAUCCAGCAGGCCACCAGCUUCCUCCUCGACGCGCUCAAGGACAACAAGCCGGAGCAGGCGCACCUCCAGACGCGGCUGCUCGAGAUGAACCUCGUCAACGCGCCCCAGGUCGCCGACGCCAUCCUGGGCAACGAGAUGUUCACCCACUACGACAAGCCGCGCAUCGCCAACCUGUGCGAGAAGGCGGGCCUGCUGCAGCGCGCCCUCGAGCACUACGAGGACAUCAACGACAUCAAGCGCGUCGUCGUCCAUUCGAACCUGCUCAACGCCGAGUGGCUGGUCAACUACUUUGGGAAGCUCACCGUCGAGCAGUCGCUCGAGUCGCUGCGCGAGAUGCUCAAGGUCAACAUCCGCCAGAAUCUCCAGGUCGUCGUGCAGAUCGCCACAAAGUACUCGGACCUCCUCGGCCCCGUCAAGCUCAUCGAGAUGUUUGAGUCGUUCAAGUCGUUCGAGGGCCUCUACUACUACCUCGGCUCCGUCGUCAACCUCUCGACCGACCCCGAGGUGCACUUCAAGUACAUCCAGGCCGCCACCCGCACCGGCCAGAUCCGCGAGGUCGAGCGCAUCUGCCGCGAGUCGAACCACUACAACGCCGAAAAGGUCAAGAACUUCCUCAAGGAGGCCAAGCUGUCGGACCAGCUGCCGCUCAUCAUUGUCUGCGACCGCUUCGACUUUGUCCACGACCUCGUCCUCUACCUCUACCAGAACAUGCUCAUCAACUUUAUCGAGGUCUACGUCCAGCGCGUCAACUCGUCGCGCACCCCGCAGGUCAUCGGCGGCCUGCUCGACGUCGACUGCGACGAGGGCGUCAUCAAGAACCUGCUCCAGUCCGUCACGGGGCCCAUCCCCGUCGACGAGCUGGUCGACGAGGUCGAGAAGCGCAACCGCCUCAAGCUCAUCCUGCCCUGGCUCCAGUCCAAGAUCGAGGCGGGCCACCAGGACCAGCCGCUGUUCAACGCCAUGGCCAAGAUCGCCAUCGACAGCAACAACAACCCCGAGGCCUUCCUCAAGGAGAACAACCUCUACGACCCGCGCGUCGUCGGACGCUACUGCGAGAAGCGCGACCCCUACCUCGCCUACAUCGCCUACGCCAAGGGCUUCUGCGACGACGAGCUGAUCGCCAUCACCAACGACAACUCGAUGUUCAAGCACCAGGCGCGCUACCUCGUCAAGCGCAGGCAGCUCGAGCUGUGGGCCCAGGUGCUCCAGCCGGACAACGUCCACCGCCGCCAGCUCAUCGACCAGGUCGCCUCGACCGCCAUCCCCGAGUCGACCAACCCGGACGACGUGUCGGCCACCGUCAAGGCCUUCAUGGCCGCCGACCUGCCCCACGAGCUCAUCGACAUCCUCGAAAAGAUCAUCCUCGAGCAGUCGGCCUUCAGCGACAACAAGAGCCUCCAGAACCUGCUGCUCCUCACCGCCGUCCGCACCGACAAGGGCAAGGUCAUGAACUACAUCGACCGCCUCGACGCCUACGACGUCGACGAGAUUGCCAAGAUCGCCAUCGACCAUGGCCUCUACGAGGAGGCGUUCCGCAUCUUCUCCAAGGCCGAGCAGCACGAGGACGCCAUGAACGUGCUCGUCGAGCACAUUGUGUCGAUCGACCGCGGCCACCAGUUCGCCACCAAGAUCAACAAGCCGGCGCUCUGGUCGCGCCUCGGCAAGGCGCAGCUCGACGGCCUCCGGGUCAAGGACGCCAUCGACUCGUACGUCAAGGCCGAGGACCCGUCCAACUACGACGAGGUCAUCGAGAUCGCCGAGCACGCCGGCCGCGAGGAGGAGCUGAUCCGCUACCUGCAGAUGGCGCGCAAGAAGGCCCGCGAGCCCCGCAUCGACACCGAGUACGCCUACUGCCUCGCCAAGGCCAACCGACUGGCCGACAUGGAGGAGUUCCUCGGCAUGACCAACGUCGCCGACAUCCUCAGCGUCGGCGAAAAGUGCUUCAACGACGAGCUCUACGAGGCGGCCAAGCUGCUCUUCACCAGCGUGUCCAACUACGCCCGCCUCGCCACCACGCUCGUCUACCUCGGCGACUACCAGGCGGCCGUCGACGCGGCGCGCAAGGCGGGCAACACGAGCGUCUGGAAGCAGGUCCACGCCGCGUGCCUCAGCCGCCGCGAGUUCAAGCUGGCCCAGAUCGCCGGCCUCGCCGUCAUCCCGCACGCCGAGGAGCUGCCCAGCCUGAUCCGCGCCUACGAGCGCGACGGCCACUUUGACGAGCUGCUCAACCUGCUCGAGCAGGCGCUCGGCCUCGAGCGCGCCCACAUGGGCGUCUUCACCCAGACGGGCGUGGCGCUAGCCAAGUACCGCCCGGAGCGGCUGAUGGAGCACCUCAAGCUCUACUGGUCGCGCAGCAACCUGCCGCAGCUGAUCAAGGUGGCCGAUCAGUGCCACCUGUGGAGCGAGCUCGUCUACCUGUACACCAAGUACGACGAGAUGGACAAUGCGGCGCUCGCCACCAUGGAGCACGCCGCCGACGCGUGGGACCACGACCAGUUCAAGGCGAUCCUGCCCAAGGUGGCCAACGUCGAGAUCUACUACCGCGCCCUCACCUUCUACCUCGAGCAGCACCCGCUGCUGCUGACCGACCUGCUGACGGUGCUGGCCAAGCGCAUCGACCACGGCCGCGUCGUGCGCAUGUUCAAGAAGCGCGACAACGACAACGUGCCGCUGAUCCGCUCCUACCUCGUCGCCGUCCAGCACCACAACCUCGAGACGGUCAACGACGCGCUCAACGACCUGCUGAUCGAGGAGGAGGACUACGAGACCCUGCGCUCGUCGAUCGACGGCUUCGACAACUUUGACACCAUCUCGCUCGCGUCGCGCCUCGAGAAGCACGACCUUCUCGAGUUCCGCCGCCUGGCCGCGCACCUCUACAAGAAGCACGAGCGCUGGAACGAGUCGAUCGCGCUGAGCAAGACCGACAAGCUCUUCCGCGACGCCAUCGAGACGGCCGCCGCCUCCAACAGCUCCGAGGUGGCCGAAGAGCUGCUCAGCUACUUUGUCGAUAUCGGCAACAAGGAGUGCUACGCCGCCACGCUCUACGCCUGCUACGACCUGGUGCGGCCCGACGUCGUCAUGGAGCUCAGCUGGCGCCACGGCCUCAACGACUUUACCAUGCCCUACCAGCUGCAGAGCAUGCGCGACACCCAGACCAAGCUGCGCGCCCUGGAAAAGGAGGUCCGCGAGCGCGCGCAGAAGGACGCCACCAAGGAGAAGGAGGAGGAAGAUGCACCCAUCAUCGGCCCUGGCGGCCUGGGCGGACCGAAGCUCAUCACGGCCGGCGUCACGGGGAUGCCGAUGCCGCAAGCAACAGGGUAUCCAGGCAACCUCAACGGAGGCAUCUACAUGCAGCCGACGGGAAUGUACUAG